UGCAGCCACCGUGCGCUCAGAUUGGUGCGCGCCGCGCGAUGUCCCGGAUGCUGCUCGCACCGGAAGAGAAGGGGCAGCUCUCCCAGCCAUCUUGUGGCAGCAUCCAGCGAAUUGUUCGCAUCAAGCCUCGUAGAAUCGGAGGUGAAUCCCGCUGAAGGGGCGCCAUCAUGCCCGGACAACUGCAAGAAGGCUUCGGCUGCGUCGUAACCAACCGGUUCGACCAGUUAUUGGACGACGAGUCCGACCCGUUUGAGAUCCUGAAAGCUGCCGAAAACAAGAAGAAGGAGGGGGCCGCCGCUGGCUCCACCAAGACCGCGGCUCAAGCCGCCAAGCAGCCGAAGAAGGAGUCACAGAAGGACAGAAAGAACCCGCUGCUGGAUAAGAAGGAAGAGUCCCAGGCUCCGGUCCCACUGAAGAAAGAAGGUAUUAGGCGAGUGGGCCGACGACCAGACCAGCAGGGCCAGCCUGGUUCCCAGCAUCAGGGUGGGCAGGGCGAAGGGCGACUUGGAGACAAGAGGCCUGACCGGAGACCUCCCCGCGAGCGCCGCUUCGAGAAGCCGGCCGAAGACAAGCCCGAGGGAGGUGGAGAGUUCUCCACAGACAAGCCUUCUGGAGACAGGCCCCCGAGAGGGCGUGGUGGCGGCCGGGGUGGGCGUGGUGGAAGAGGACGGGGCAUGGGCAGAGGAGAAGGCUUUGACUCCCGUGGGAAACGAGACUUUGACAGACACAGCGGCAGUGACAAAUCCAAUCAGAAAACUGAGGAGAAGCGCAGUGGCAGCGGCUCGCACAACUGGGGCACCGUGAAGGAUGAAGUGAGUGAGGCUGAACAGACUGCUGCUCCAGAGACAACCCCAGAGGGAGAGGAAAAUGCACCCGCCGGCUCUGAGAACAAGGAGAACGAGGUCGAAGAAGUUAAAAACGAAGGCCCCAAAGAGAUGACCCUGGACGAGUGGAAGGCCAUGCAGGACAAGGAGCGCACCAAGGUGGAGUUCAACAUCCGCAAGCCCAAUGAAGGAGCAGACAGCCAGUGGAAGAAAGGCUACGUGCUGCACAAGUCCAAGAGUGAAGAUAGGCCUGUUGGUGCUUUGAUCGACGCCGCAGAGACGGAAGCAGAGCCAGCCACUCUGUACAACAAGCAGCCUGGCGCCCCUGAUGAGUCCAGCGACCACCACUUCCGCAAACCAGCCAAUGACAUCACAUCUCAGCUGGAGAUCAACUUUGGCGACCUGGGCCGCCCUGGCCGCGGGCGUGGGGGAGCUCGUGGAGGCAGGGGAGGCCGCGGCGGUGGUGGGGGAGGCAGCAGGACGGCACGCGGGGGAGGACGGUCCGAAAAGGCUAGUGGUGUGUCAGUCCCCAACGUGGAUGAUCCUGAGGCCUUCCCAGCUCUGGCCUAAAGGCUCCUUUUCCACCACCAGCCCACCCAUCAGCCCUUCCGGGGCCCCUCCUCUACGAGGCUUGCAUGCUUACCACAUCUUCAAGUAUAUAAGAAAACAGAGAAAAAAAAAAAAGAUUUUAAAUGACAAAAGAAAGACUGUCAUCCCAUACCACUCACACCACCAGAGGACUAAAAUUUUACCUGUUUUAAAGGAGAACAAAAGACAAAAAAAAAAAAAGGCGGGAAAAGGACCUCUUGUUACACUGAAGUUUUGUAUUUAGGAACAUGAAAGCAGGGAUGUUUUCAUACUUUUUUUUUCUUCUUUUUUCAGAGAUUAUGCAUACUUCAUUGAUAUUUUUUUGUGCUGCUUGAAAUUAUGCAUUUCUGCGGUUAGGUUGAAGUGUGUGUAUCUCUUCCCCCCCCCCGAAGCUUUUGUGCUUUCCUCCUCCCCCUCAUGACUUCAGCUCAGUAUUAUGGGGUCAUCUUAGAAAAGACUUUGUACUGGAGUUUUCCUCCCAGUAAUACACACUGAUGUGGUAGCACUACACUACAUAGGAUACUCGUACUAGAUAUCUGAAGUAUGGCUUAACAUGCAUUUAAAGUGUAAUUACUCUGCUCCUGACUACCCAUCCUCUUUUUGCAAGGCACAAAUUCCGGAUGGGUGAUCAGGCAAAGUGACUUCCUACUAAAGCUCGGUAUUUUUCUGCUUGUCGUGCAGUGAAAGUAAAAUGCCUCUUUUCCUUUUUCUUUUCUUUUCUUUUUUUUUUUUUUUUUUUUUUUUAAAUAGCUUGCCUUUUUUUGGUGGACCAGUGGUUAGUGAUGCUUUGUAUCCCCUGAUCCAGAUGUGCUACCUGUGUUUUCAGGGUGUCCCAGGGCCCAAUGUGUAUAUCUUUAGGCUGGUCCUCGUAGGUCAUACAGACUGUGCUACUCGUUUCUUCAGGACCACUAAGCAAAUAUUGUAUUUUUUUGCUAAGGAUACUUGUGUGCGAGUGUGAGUGUGAGUGUGAGCGUGUACGAGUGCACAACAAAGUGUGAGACUGAAUGUGUGAAUCUGACAGCUAGUUACUUAGAAUUUAAGUAUUCCUCUGCUCUGAACUUGGCACUCUCAAAAGUUCUCACCUGAAGUAGUUGAUACUGUCUUUUGAGAUGUGAUUGUUGAAAUCUAGGUGAGGACGGUAGGUAGACCGUGGACAUAUCUUGCUCUUAGAGAAUCUCCAAUGUCUUUCAGAUCUCAAAGCACUUGGUUUUAUCAGCACCAGUCCUCUUUGACGAUUGUUCCCCCCUUCCUCUUCUGUAAACCAUAUUUGCUGGGUUUUUUUUUUUUUUUAAUUUUUAUUUUGUCAGUGCAGCAGCACCAAUGCAUAAUUUGUCUGAAAGAAAUGUCGGCUGUCAUCGUGGAACAAUCACGAGCUACAGAAUGUAAUGUAAGCUAAUGGUGCUUUCAGCCACCUGUGUCAGCGUUCCCAGCGAGCGUUUUCUUUUAAUGAAGCGGGUAUAUUUCAGUUCGGGGGUGGGGCGGGGGGGUGGGUGCGGGGGCGUUUUGAACAUUUACGAUGGAGUGAAUUUAAAGCUUUACAUGCUGUGUUCUGCAAAGACUUGCUGGCGAUGCACUGAUACAGACGGCUGGAGCGGUUUUCUUGUAGGACUGUUUGAGCCACAUGACGGUGAAAGUUUCUCUGCAAACAUCCCUGUUCUAAUAAAUUGCUUUAGAGGUGUUACAUGUACUCUGCCAAUGGCUGUUGGGUUGUUUUAAAAUCAGAACUGUGAUUUUAAAGGUGUAAACAAA